AUGUCUGCCACUGCCGCCUUUCUCGCAGACUCGCUGUGGGAGCUCCAGCUCGCCGCCGCCGCCGCGGGCGUGCCACACUCGGUGUCCGACGGCAUCGCCGCAGUUCCCGGCCCGGCGGCCUGGGGGUCACGAACUGGCGCAUCGGACAGCACCGCUGCUGCCGCGGGCGCGAUUCUUGUCUCGCUCGCCACCCACGCUGCCUCUUCGAGCCCCGCAUCUGAUGCGCUGCUACCGGCUGCGCGUGCCGCCGCGGCUGCCGAGCGCCUCCUCGGCUGCGCGCCGCCAGUCGUUCUCCCGCUGCUGCCACCGCCGCCGUGGACCUGGUCGGCCUCGGCUUCCGAACUCCAUGCGGCCCGCGAGGCGAUGGCCGCGCUUUGCGCCUCGCACGCCUCGCCCUGGCGUCUUCUCUCGUACGCGACACACGUCUUUGGCGCAGUUGUCGAGUCGCUCCUCGACGAUGCGCUCGCCGCCGCCGGCCUCGCCGUCGCUGAUGUCGCCGUCUCUGUUGCCGUCAUCGGCUCAGGCGCUGGACAACGCCUCUUCCCUUACCCCACACUGCAGCUAUUAGUUAUUGACGGUGGCGAUCUCGGCCCGGACGUCCACCUCGUGGCGCGCUUGCUUGGCGCAGGCAUCGCCGCGCUCGGCGAGACUCCGCUGGCCGUCCACGGCUUCAGCAGCGGCUCGUUUGUGCCCCCGGGCCUCCGUGUGGCAAACGCCCACGCUCUACCCUUAGGCGAGGGCAGAACACCUGAAGUGUGUUGCGCGGGUUCUGCAACCAGCCUUGCGGCGCUUGCUCGCGAUCCGGCGGCGCUCGCUCGCCUGGGCCUUCCGGCCUGGCGCCGCGUCCGAUCCUCGAAUGCGGUCACCGACGUGCCCCAGCUCGCCACUCUCUCCAGCUUGCACUGUGCAGGCAGCGUGAAUGAUGAGCUCGCCGCAACCCUUGAGAGUGCAAUCGCCACCCUUGCCCAGCUCGCGCUCGACACCCAGCUCUUCUACGGCCGCGCCGAUGACGCAGCCUACUUUGACGAGCCGGCUACACCGCCGUGGCCGUUUGAUGUCUCCUCAAUGGGAUACGGCGCCGGCGUCAACGCCGCCGAUGAUUGCGACUCGGGCGCGGUUUUUGUCCUCUCUGACAGCCAGGCUGCGGACUUGAUCUCGGCCGUCGCUGCGGUUGCACGUCUCGCGCGCGACCUUGACCUGGCCCUUGCCGUUGACAGUGUUGACAUGGCGAGUGUCCGGAUCGGCGACCUUCGCCGCGCGCCGCGCGCCGGCGCACUGGACGAGGCCUAUGCCGCGAGCUGCGCUGCACUCAAGAGCGCCACCACUGGCGUGCCGUUUGUGGCGCCCGCCACCGCGGCAGCCGUCCAUGCGGCCAUGGCUUCGGUGGAAGAUGCGCGCGUCGCGCCGCGGGUUGCCCUCGACUACCACGCUGCCGCAGUGGCAGCGGCACAGCAAGCAUACAACGACGGUUCAGACGCCACCGAGACGCUAGCGUACGCACCGCCUGUUGGUGCGCCGACGUGGAGCGCGCGCUCGCCCGCCGUAGCGCUCAUUGCGGCCCAACUGGCACAUGGCGGAGCGCUCAAGGCCAGAGGACAGCUCAACGCGGCGUGCGCGAGCUUCCGACAAGCCGCGCGACGGGCGCUCGACAUCCACACCUUUCGAUGCGCGCCGGCGAUGGCAGCGGCGGCGCUGGAGCACCUUGGCACAACCGAGUUUCUCGCCAGCGAGGUCGCCAGCGAGGUCGCCAGCGAGCACGCCACCGAUGGUCGUGGGCGAGCCGUCAACGCGCUUGCACUUAGCGUCGCCAUUCGCGACCACGUGCUGGAGCGACACGAUGCCGCGCUUGGGCGAAUGCUCAACAAUCUUGCGGUGGCACAGGCCCGGCUCGGCGGCCUGUCCGCGAGCGAGGCACUACUCACCCGCAGCCUCACGCUCUGCGGAGAGGACACAGUCUCGCGGACAAUUGCUGCUCGCAUCCACCAAAACCUGGAGAUGAUUCACACGGCGCAGCAAAGGACGUGGCAGACUUUCUUGCUGCUGCCCCGGUGGCGAGCUCGGCAAGCCUAG